AUGUCAUUCAAUGCACAGAACAUCCAUUCCCUCAGCCAAUCGGCCAGGCAGCGAACGACGGCUGCUUCUGGCCUCGUAUUCGAUGCCUCACAGUUCAAAGUACAGAUAGGGAAGGAUGUUUCCACCGAAAUCAUUCAAUCAUUGCAGGCCGAAUUUGGUCUGAAUAUGGGUAGUGCCAUAGAUAAGUUCUACAACAUGGACGAGCAGGAGGAUGCUCCUGCGCAGCCAGAACCGCCAGCAAACAUCCAUAAUGAAACCGAGGGCAUCGCUCCCACCGAACCUGUCAAGUCAGGAAAUGACGAUCCUCUCAAUCGCAAAGAAUUUGUUGUAAAAGACCAGUACUGGGACAAAGUGAGGCGACGCUAUGUCGUUUGCAAACCGGCCCAGCCUCGAGAAUCCUCAUUGAAGCACAAACCGUGUGUAAUAUACGCGCUGAGGGUAUACACAGAGGAUAUGAUUACUUUCAAUACAAAAUUACGGAUCCCGGGACAAAAGUUGCGGAAUGCAUUGCAAAAUAUAUUCAGAGGCGCACAAGGCUUUGGCCUGACUGACAGCGAGAAUACAGAGAUUCGCCCUGAAUUCCUCUUCUGGGCGAAACCAGAACUUCAGAUCCUCGCCAAGCAUUACUCAAGUGUUGAAGACAAGGUUGCUUUGUUUGAAAUGAAUGCGGCAUUGAACUUCAUCGAGAAGGAGUACGAAACCAUGAUUUCGAUAUUACCAUCACUGUUACCUCAUUCAAUCACCUUCGAGUACCUUUGGGCCCUUCUUCCACCCGAUUGCCUGGUUGUGGGCAUUGAUUCUCUAGGUCUCACGCGAAUCUGGCGAGUGCGCAGCCAUUCAACCGUACCCAUUGACGGGAGACUCUUCUUCGUAAUGAAAACUGAGGUCCUUGAAUGGGAUGGCGAUGACAUGGGAUACGCACAGGCAUCACUAAAGAUCCCAGCUUUCGAGGGUUUCAGGGCCCUUGAAGAGCUCCCUUACGUGCCCUUAAAGCAUCACCCCCGACGCGAAGAAAUGGUUGAGCAUAUCCAGCAACGCAACACCCGAACUCUCAGAUUUUGGAAAUUGGGCUUCCAACUUCAGGAACACCAAGGCACCGGAUUAGCCACGCCUCGUGAGGAGCUUGAAUUAUACCCUUUCAGCGGUCGUGUCAUUAUAGACCCCAAGAUGAUGCGAACGACAAACCCUUUUCAUCCUCUUACAUUCAGCCUCAACUUGGAGAAACUUCGUAAGUAUGGUAGAAUAUGGAUCUCGGAUCUUAUGAAAAGUGAAGAUGAACAGGAGGUUCUCAGCGACCUUCUCAAAGAUUCCAAAGACUUCCUAACGGAAAGUAUUAAGGAAGCAAAGCGACCCAGAAGAUUGCAAAUAAGAGGAUUUCCUCCAUCUGAUCCUAACCCAUCUGCUUCUUCACUAUCCCCCGAAGCAGAACCCGUAGCUAUCCAGCUUGAACAACUAUCGAAAGAGCAGCUUCUGCUGGUCUCGGGACUCGUGUAUGGAUACUCGAUGCAGGACGGGAUGUGGGGUGGUUUCGCCGUGGAAAGGGUUUGGGACGUUACCUGGAACACGAACGCCAUGGAGUCCCUGGUACUUGACGAAUCACUUAAGGAUACUGUAACAAAACUGGUUAUAGCAUCUAAUUUCGCCGACUCUGGGUUUGAUGACUUUAUCAAAGGUAAAGGAAAGGGAUUCAUCACCCUGCUGUCUGGACCUCCCGGGUCCGGCAAAACACUGACGGCAGAAGCCAUAGCAGAAACGGCCAGAAUGCCGCUCUAUAUGGUAUCUAGUGGCGCCCUAGGCCAUGAAGCCGAGGAUAUCCACAAGAAGUUGGCCCAGAUACUCAAGCUUGCCAGCCACUGGAAGGCAGUCUUGCUCCUGGACGAGGCAGACGUAUUCCUCGCCGCACGUACCUUGACAGACAUCAAGCGGAACGCAAUCGUAUCCAUUUUCCUCCGGGAGCUGGAGUACUACCAGGGGAUACUCAUCCUGACGACAAACCAUGCCAAUUUCAUCGACCAAGCGUUCCAGAGCCGAAUUCAUUUAUCUCUUCAAUAUGAUGCUCCGGAUCUAGCAGCGCGGAAGAGUAUCUGGCAAAAUUUUGCCAAGGCUACAUCAAACUCUCGAGUCACCAUGAAUCUCAGUGAAGCAGAUCUCGAUAUACUAGCCGCUAUCCCGCUUAAUGGGCGGCAGAUCAAAAAUGCCAUGAGUAACGCCAUCCGUACCACAAUGUCCAGCACAACACGAACGGUCACUGCAAAGGAUCUCAUUGCCACCGCGAAGCUUUCAGGUGUAUUUCCAUUGAAUAAAACCCCUACAACAACCCUCUCGGGGGAGGGACCUCGCGAAGAAGAAUAG